GCAGAUGAAUUAGUUGGCGUUGUGUCUGCAUGGAGGGUAAGCUGAGCACGCGGGGGGCACGGAGAAUGUUGGAGAUGUAUGGAGGAGUCACGACGCACGACGCAGCGCAGUUCGUCAUGACUUGAAGUGAAUCACGAUGGGAUUUCUGUGCUGACGUGAAAUUUAGGUUAGAUGCAAUAAGGCAUGGCUCGCGUGCUGCAUAUUUAUAUAGCAGCACAUUAAACCACUUUUUAUUUCAUCUGCAGCUCUUUUUUUGCAUCUCUUUUCGUUAUUGUUUGGAGAUGUCGCUUUAUUUUUGCGCCUGACUUGCACUAUUUCCCCCUAUGGAGUGAGCAGCGUGGUUUUGCGCAUGUGAGAAGUCUUUGCGGAUUUUUCUUGGAAGACGCCGUUCAUGCCUGCUUCACCUGUGGACCCGGAGGCAUUCAGAGCUUUUUCUCCCCCCAUGUGUUUCAUCCUCUGAGGCUCUCUCUUGCUGCACAGCGCGCGUGUCGGAUGCACGGCUGGGUUUUCAGCUUCAGCACCACAUCAGCUCUGAACAGCUCCGGGUCGUCGCGUGCUGUGGAUGGACUCUGUCGCCUCGUGCAGCUCCUAACUACCGGCGACGAUGGCUUCACACGGUUUCUGGUCUCUUGGCGGUGAUAAUGCGGGGGCCAACACCGGCAGUCAGAGCCCCAGUACGCCCAGGGCUUGGUGCCAGGCGGCGGCCCAGAAAUUUUCCGGCGGAAUUGGAUCGAAAUUAUGUGCGCUGCUAAAUGUCGGAGAGGUGGAGAAACCAGCCGAUCCUGCCGCCAAGCAGCAGCCUCAGACAGAAACAGGCGGAACCUGCGGCUGCAACAAAUCCUGCAACUGCACCAAAGCUGCUGUGGUCUUCUCCGACCUCUAUUCAACAGACCUCUUACCCGCCAUGGACGGUGACACCAAAACGAUGACCUUCCUGCAGGAAGUUGUGGAUAUUUUACUCGCCUACAUCGUCGAGUCUUUCGACCGGAAAACUAAAGUUAUUGAUUUUCAUUACCCGAACGAGCUGCUUCAGAUGAACAACUGGGAGCUGCAGCACGAGCCCGCCACGCUGGAUGAGAUCUUGAUCAGCUGUCGCGCGACGCUGAAAUACGCCAUUAAAACAGCCCACCCCAGGUACUUCAAUCAGCUCUCCACAGGAUUAGACAUGGUCGGACUGGCAGCCGAUUGGCUAACAUCCACCGCCAACACCAACAUGUUCACCUAUGAGGUGGCUCCUGUCUUCGUGCUGCUGGAAUACGUCACUCUGAAGAAGAUGAGAGAGAUUAUUGGCUGGCCAGACGGGCAAGGAGACGGCAUUUUCUCUCCUGGUGGUGCUAUUUCCAACAUGUACGCCAUGCUGCUGGCUCGCUUCAAGAUGUUCCCUGAAGUGAAGGAGAAAGGAAUGUCAUCUGUUCCCCGACUGGUGGCCUUCACAUCCGAACAUAGCCAUUUCUCAAUCAAGAAAGGUGCAGCUGCUCUUGGUAUCGGGACAGAGAGCGUGAUCUGCAUCAAAGCAGAUGAAAGCGGUAAAAUGAUCCCAGCUGACCUAGAGAGAAGAAUACAGGAGGCCAAACAGAAGGGUUUCGUCCCUUUCUUUGUGAGCGCCACCGCUGGCACCACCGUCUACGGAGCAUUUGACCCCCUCAUCGCCAUCUCUGACAUCUGCAGAAAGUACAAUGUCUGGAUGCAUGUGGACGGUGCAUGGGGAGGAAGUCUGCUCAUGUCCAGGAGGCACAGGUGGAAGCUUGAUGGAGUUGAAAGGGCCAAUUCAGUGACGUGGAACCCACACAAGAUGAUGUCCGUCCCUCUGCAGUGUUCAGCGCUGCUCGUCAGAGAGGAGGGCCUGAUGCAGAGCUGCAACCAGAUGCACGCCUGCUACCUGUUCCAGCAGGACAAACACUACGACCUGUCCUAUGACACCGGGGACAAGGCGCUGCAGUGUGGACGCCACGUGGACAUCUUCAAGCUGUGGCUCAUGUGGAGAGCUAAGGGGACUAUCGGGUUCGAGGCUCAGAUUGACAAGUGCUUGGAGCUGUCAGAGUACCUCUACAACAAGAUUAAAGACAGAGAGGGAUAUGAGAUGGUCUUCGAUGGAAAACCUCAGCACACCAACGUCUGCUUCUGGUACCUCCCUCCUGGGAUCCGCUACAUGGAGGACAAAGAGGAGAAGAAGAAACACUUGCACAAGGUGGCUCCGGUGAUAAAAGCCAGGAUGAUGGAGUACGGGACCACCAUGGUCGGCUACCAGCCACAAGGGGACAAGGUCAACUUUUUCCGCAUGGUGAUCUCGAAUCCCGCUGCUACCUUCGAGGACAUCGAUUUUCUUAUUGAGGAGAUUGAACGACUCGGCCAGGAUCUAUAAGACUCAUCUCACCAAAUCCUCCCGUACUUUUCCCCUUGACGGAUGAAUUGUUUGUCGUGAAUGUACUGGUAAACUUUUUCUUUUCUCUCUCUUUCCUCCAAAGUCACAUAUUUAAGAGUAUAUUUGAGAAAAAAGAUAUAUCCAUAUAUUCUGUAUUGUAGCUUUGCUGUGGGCUGACUUGGUCCAAAGCUCUGUAAAAGUGCUUCUGUCUGCCUUUCCUAUAGUGUAGUAUACCUGAGAGUAGUGUAAGUGAUGUAACUUUAUAUGUACCUUUUGUGAUAUGAAACGCUUGUGCAAUAGGUCGAUGAGGAAGAGUUUAUUUUCCAAUCAUUUCUCAUUGCCGAGUAUGUUGUUAAGUGCCAAACGUGGUUGUGUUUUCUUGUAACUUUACAUUUUAAACUUCUGGUUUAAAACAAAAAAAGCACUUCACCUUACCUCA